GUUCCCCAAUUCGGCUAAUCCCUCCGCUGACCCGCGGGCCCUGCUCCCCGCCGGGCCUUUUCCAAGUACUUUUUAAAAGAAGAGAGUAUUCCUCAGAGCUCCCAGAAACUGAGAGUGAAAAUGCACCAAGAAACUGAAGCCGGUGUUUUUGUAUCUGAGGGGGAUAAAUCGAGGUUUGCCCCAAAAUCCUCGGGGAGAAGAGUCCGUAUGUGUGCUUACCUACCAGGGCUGACCAUAUUGGUGUUUUCUCUCAGUUCAUUCGGCGGUGUUGUUCGUUCAACAGCAGGCCUUACCAUGGCCGAAGGACACACCCUGAUGUCAGUGGAUUAUGAAAUCUUUGGAAAAGUCCAAGGUGUGUUUUUCCGAAAGUACACACAGGCUGAGGGUAAAAGGCUGGGAGUGGUAGGAUGGGUCCAGAACACUGACCAGGGCACCGUGCAAGGACAGAUACAGGGUCCCACUGUCCAGGUUCGCGUCAUGCAAGAAUGGCUUAAGACAAAAGGAAGCCCUAAAUCCCGCAUUGACAAGGCAAAAUUCCACAAUGAAAGGGUCAUCCCGAAGCUGGAAUACAAAGAUUUCCAAAUUGUGAAAUAGUAAUCAAAAGACAAUAUUUUUCCUAGUGUAAUAUGAGUAUAUGCUUACUUGAAAUUGUAUUCAAUUUAUUUGUCAUCUAUGUUGUUAACAUGCAGAACUAUUUGUUAUUAUUAAUAUUUAAGGAUUGUCAUUUAACUUAUUUCGAUUUUAAAGUAUUUCUUGAAUGUAAUGGAUGGACCGCAUUAAAGCAUUGCAAUUGUAAAUGGGAACUUAAUAAUAAAGGAAAAAAGAUAAUUGGAA